CCUGAAGCACGAUUACUGCUCUUUCUCCACUACCUUCCUGGUAUGGCUGGGGCGUGUGUGAAGAGAUCAAAGAUCAGAGCUCCGAAGUCUCUCUGCAGAGCGCAGGAUCCAAGGUGUGCAGGUCAUGCAAACUAAGCUUCUGGGGAAAAUGUCAUCCUCCAGAGAUCUCCGGCACCUUGAUAACAUGAUAAAAUAUCAGAAGUGACAUCAAUAAUGUGCGUACAAUGAAUGGCUGAGAGAACUACCCUGAAAUCUGUUGGAUGUGUUAAUGAUCAGGAAUGACCAGAGCUCAACAAAUCAAUCAAAUAUCAGAAACUAACAUGAUUUCUUCUUCUCGUCCUCAUCACAAAAAGAACUAACCAGAAUAUAAAAUGACUAUAAAAGGACAAAGACACACAGUCGGGAUCUUCUCAAGAGAUGGAGAUGCCAACUACGAGUGGUUGAUUAUUGUGCUCCAGACCAUGUUUCAGAACAUUGUGAAGGAAGUCAUUCCCGUGUAUAUAUCCAACAAUGCCAGGAGCUUCGUCAAUGGUCUGUCUCAGAGCACUUUCGCCAUUUUGUACCACACCAAGAAGAGGGGACGUCUGAAUAUUGCAAAUGUAACAGAUUCUCUCUAUGAUCAGGAGCUGGAGGAUCUGUCCAGAGAUUUGGGGAAGGAAAAUGUGAUUGUGUUGGUGGAUGAUGUGGAUGACAGCAGUUACGCUACCAGGAGAAGGAUAUUCGAAGAACAACAUCUGGACACAUACGCCUCUGACCUAAUUGUCAUCAGCGAGAGGGAGAAGGAGUCGUCCAAUCUGAAUGGUGACAACCCGAGGUUUAGUCAAUCACCGAUCUCUUCACAGAUGCAGGACGACUAUGACUCCAUCUCUGGCAAAUUGCAAGUUUUAAGACGCAUUAUAGAGAAGGCUCCACACAAUGAUGCAGGUUUUGAUGACUAUGACGAGUCUUCCUCUGUGUCCUCGUAUGGCAGUGCGAGGAAAGGACCUGGCAACUCAGAGGUGAAUCCUUCAGUCAGCUUUAAGUCUUACGAUAAUGAAAGCGUCCAAUCAUCCCAUCCCCCCCGCUCAGGUCUACACACCAGUCUAAUUCCAUCCAGUCAUCCCGUCGGUAUAGAUGUGACACAAAAAGAUGGGAUGGGAGAGGACAAACUUCUCCACAAGAAGAAAAGCCCUACAGGUAGCUUAACGGACCAAAAAAACAGGAAAAAGGACAAGAUUGUGUUCGGAAGUAUUAUUGGUCUCAUCGUCUUGUUGAUCAUCGUGUUGAUUAUCGUGCUGUCUGUUACUCUCUGAAGAAGUCACCAUCUAUCAAAUCUAAAAUCACUAAAUGUAGAGAGCCAUCAUUACAACUAGAAGCUCAUCCUCACACCAGGAACUCAUCAUCAUUAUCAGGAGCUCAUUGUUAUUACCAGAGGCUCAUCAUCAUCACCAGGAGCUCAUUAUCAUCAUCAUUAUUACUCAUCAUCAUUACCAGAGGUCAUCUGCGUUACCAGGGGCUCACUGUUAUCUUUACCAGGGACUCACCAUUAUUGUUACCAGGGGUCAUCAUCAUUACCGGGAGCUCAUCAUCAUUACCAGGAGCUCAUCAUCAGUACCAGGAGCUCAUCAUCAGUACCAGGAGCUCAUCAUCAGUACCAGGAGCUCAUCAUCAGUACCAGGAGCUCAUCAUCAUUACUAGAGGUCAUCAUCAGUACCUGGAGCUCAUCAUCAUUACCAGGAGCUCAUCAUCAUUACCAGGAGCUCAUCAUUAUUACCAGGAGCUCAUCAUCAUUACCAGGAGCUCAUCAUCAUUACCAGGAGCUCAUCAUCAUUACCAGGAGCUCAUCAUCAGUACCAGGAGCUCAUGAUCAGUACCUGGAGCCAUCACCUUUACCAGGGGGUCAUCGCAUUACCAGGAGCUCAUCACCUUUACCAGGAGCUCAUCCCCUUUACCAGGGGGUCAUCGCAUUACCAGGAAAUCAUAAUUGUUUCGAGAGAUCACCAUCAGUAGUGUUGAGCGAAUCAAAGUCAAACUAAUUGACUUCGAUCUUAAUUUCAGAAACAAUGUUGUUUGCCGCGAAGCCAAAUUUCCUUGUGUUUCGUGGUAACCAAUCUAUUUUUCCUGAAAUGGCAGUAAAAAAAAUACAUGCUCACCCCAUCCAUUUGCUUGCAGAGAGGCUGUUGUGGCCAUCUUGAUUGACAAUACAGUGCAAAAUCUCACGAGAGUUGACUUGUGACCUCAUCACGCCAGAGCGCUAGCCAGGCACAGUGACAUCAUCACGCCAGAGCGCUAGCCAGGCACAGUGACGUCCUCAGUCAUGGCGUCAUCAUGUCACUGUGCAAGAUUUUGCAUGGUGUCUUCAAUCAGGAUGGACACGACGGCCUCUCGGCGAGCAAAUGGAUAAGGUGAGUAUGUUUUUUCUUAACAAUGAUUAACCCCUGAAAAGACAGAAUAGUAGCAUCAGGUGCUGCGAUCAACAAUGAACGCGGCAUCUGAGAGGUUUAAUGAUGGGGGGCGGAGCAAUCGUCGUUCUCCGUCAUUGCGUCUGCUGCAUACAAAGGAAUGCGCUUCAUGAUAAAGUAAUUAGUCAUAACAAAGAAAAUGACUUUGUGAAAUUCCGCGAAGCAGCCAUAUUAAAUUUUUCAUAACUUUGCUCACUAAACGUCUUGUCUAGAAGUAAUCUUCAGGACCAGAGGCUUAUCAUGAGGACUAACGGUUACCGUAAGGACCAGAAGGCCUCUGAAUGCCUGUUGAGGGGCCCUCAGAGCUGAUGCCACCAGUUUUCCAGGAUGUAUUUGGCAGCUGUUUAGAUGAUAUUUUUGUGAUUCGCAGUUUUUGUCACAGUCAUUGGCUGCGGUGUAAUACUGUAUCUCUAU